AUGGAUAAGACCAACAUUAAACAACAGUUGAAACUUGCAAAAGAAGAAUUUAUGAGAAAAAACUUUUCUGAUGCAGCAAAAAUGUGCAAAACAAUCUUAAAGAACGAUCCGAAGAAUAUUUCUGGUUUGAUUCUUUAUGGCGCCAGUCUUCUAGAAAUGCCAUCGAAAAAAGAUGAAUCCAUUGAACAGUUCCAAAAAGUCAUUGACUUUUCUCCUAAUAAUUUAUUUGCUUGGCAAGGCAUUGAGCAGUACUACGAGAAAUGUGAUAAGCUUACAGUUUCUCAACAGUUAUUCUACACAUAUGCAAAUUUAUUGAGUUUAGAAACCGAUGGGACCAAGUGUAAAACACGUGCUAAAAAAUGUAUUGAACUUUGGAAAAAUUAUAAAACAAAGCUGGAUUUAGGAAUUUUUGUCACAACUGUCUUACCAACAGUUGAAAAGGAAGAAAUAACACCACAGUUCUUGGCUAUAUGUAGAGUCUUAGCAGAGUUUCCAUUCACAGAAGACACUUCUCCCUUAGAUGAACAUUUAGAAAAAAUUUAUCUAGCAUUGUGUGAAGAUGAUAGUUUUGAUCAAAGAUUUGAAAUUUAUUGCAAACUAAUUCCUGUACUAAAAUCCAAAGGAAAAAGGCAACAACUUGUAGCCAUAUGUGAAAAAAUGUUAUCCUUAUAUAAUAACAAUGCUAUUGCAAUAAAUUAUUUCUGUGAAUCAUUCAUCAGCAAUUAUAUUAAGACAAUAACUGAACCUGAAGAUGACAUACUGAAAUUAAUUGACAAAAUGAGUUCAUCAAUUAUGGAAAGAUGUGAAGUAUUACUACUGGCACAACCAACAAAUCCAAAUUCAAUAAUAGCCAAAAGCAUUGCUUUGAGAAGAUUAAACGAAUUUGAAGAAAGUCGUAAAUUGUUACGUAAAGUUCUUCAAGUUACCAGUCGUUCAUGGCAAUCGUGGUUUUUACUAACAGAAAUUCAAAUCAAUAUUCAUUGUUAUGAUGAUGUAAUACGAUGUGUUCAACAAGCGAAAAAAAUUUUGAAACCAACAUUUUCCUGUUAUCAGACUAUGCUUAUGUGGGAAAUUGAAGCUUAUUGUUGUUCUCGGCUAUGCUGUACUGUAGAAGGACGUCAGUUGGCUAUUGAUAUGUUUAAUGAGAAUUCAAAUAAUAAACUAAUUGAGUAUAUUAUCGUAGCUAGUUGUAAUUUAAACGAUCAAAAAACGGCAAAAAACUAUUUAAAUACAUUACAAAAUAAAUGUGAUAGAGAUGAUAGAUUUAUCUUUUUAGAAGCAUUAUAUUUUAGUGAAUUUGGGCAACUUGAUGAAGCUUUACAUUCUUUAAAAAGCAUUAAUAACUUAUCAGCUGAUGCAGAUGCAUUGCUACUAUUCGGUAAUGUAUUGUGGAAACAACGAAAAUUUUCUGAGGCUGGAAAGUUAUACUUGGAAGCUUCUCGGAUUUCUCCUUAUAGAUGUGACUUAAUUACAAAAUUAGGACAUUAUUACAGAGAAAUAAAACAUUUACCUGUUGCCAUGAAUUGCUAUGAAAAAUCUGUUGUCCUCAAUCCUGAUGAUGAAGAAAAUGGUCUCGCCUUAUCAGAUAUAUACCAUACUUUAUCAAAGUCAAAAGAACAAGAAGCGUUGUUAAAUUAUCUGAAAACAUCAAAAAAUAUCAAGUGGGCUUCUUUAAGAUUAGGUGUUCACUAUUUGAAAAUAAAAAAAUAUGAAGAUGCUGUUGACAACUUUCAAAUUGCUACUAAACAUGAUCCAAAUAAUGCAAGCUAUUAUGAAUGUCUAGGCGAUGCUCUUUUAGGACGAGAAUCACUGAUUGGUGCAAAACUUACAUACUCUAAAUGUAUAGAAAUUGAUCCAUCUCUGUUAUAUCCAAAACUACAAAUAGCUAAAAUUGAAUAUCGUAUUGGUCAAGUGGAUUCUAGUAUUCAAUUAUUUUACAAAAUUGUAAACUCUUAUUCGAAUGAUUUUAUUGCAUUAUUUGAUACUGCAAAAAUGUUUAUAGAACAUGCCAAGUCAAUUUUUGUUUGUCAGGUACAAACAAGCUAUGAUUUAUGUAAAAAUGCUUGUGAAUACUUGUACAAGGCAUUGUUGAUAGAUAAUCGAUAUGCACUGCUUUGGAAAUUGUUUGGAGAUUUAUGUCUAUUCAUGGCGGCAAUGCCCAAAGAACUAUCUUUUAUAUAUUUACCAUCUAAUAUAUUUAACAAAAGCCAAGAAAAUUAUGAGGUGAGAGGUUUACAACUCUAUACUUUUUCUAGGAGAUGUUAUUCACAAGCAUUAAAUAUAACAUCUAAAAAAAUGUCGUUAAAUCCUGCACAAAAAUAUAUUUGGUACGAUUUAGCCAAAUGUUAUUUGGCAAAUGCAUUAAACACAGAUAUUGAUAAAAAUGAACGAAUAGAAUUUAAAUCCAAAGCAGAAUUGGCUAUUAAAAAAUGCUUAUCAUUAGAUCCAAAAAACAAAGAUUUUUGGAACACUAUGGGAAUCAUUGAGGCUAUUGAAGAGAUCAAAAACGAACAUCUGAGUUAUAACUGUUUUGUUAAAUCUUUGGAAAUUGAAAUAAAUGCUAUUGCUUAUAAUAAUUUGGCCAUCAAAUGUUUGAUUCACAAUGAUGUAAAUCUUGCCCAGGAAGCUUUUACUUUGAGUCAACAUAUUGAACCAACUCUUAUAAAUAGUUGGGUUGGGCAAGGUUUACUGACUAGAUUUGAAAAUCCUGUAAUGUCCUCUGACUUGUUUUAUCAUUCAACCACAUUAGGAUUUCACGAAGAGAGCAUUUGUAAUUAUACUGAAGCAAAUAUACAACAUAAUAUUAAAGCUGAUACAGAAGUAUUAACACCAAGUCAUCAAAUUCAUCAUAAUAUUGAUUUACUUAUUUGGCUUACAUCUAAAAAUCCCACAAAUAGUUGGGCACAGAAUGCACUGUCAAUAUUGUACAGAUACUCUGGUUUGUAUAAAAAUGCUAUUAAAGCUGCCGAAAAGGCUGAACAAUAUUGUACGCCUGAAACACAAAUAGGCAUGCAAAGGAACAUGGCUAUUAGUCUUCUUAAAGGAAAAUGUUAUCAAGAAGCCAUAGUCAAAUACCAACAAAUUAAAUCAAUGAAUUUAUAUGAUAAGUUUGGAAUUGCAUUAGCAUUUUAUAAGACUGGUCAGUACCAAGAAGCAUAUGCUACUUAUGAAUCGUUGACUGAAAAUAAAUCUGAUAUGAAUAUUGUGUCAAUGGCUUUCCUUGCUAUGGCUGCAAUAGCUUUUAGUAACCACGAAGACUACGAUAAAGCCACAACAUUGUUCUUGAAAAGUAUACAAAGUAACACAGCUAACAUACAGGCACUAUUGGCAACAUUUGCACUGGGAAUCGUAACUCGUAAAAGUAGUCUGUCUAGAACUAUCUUGCAAGAAUUGAUAUCGCAUAAGAAUGAUCCUUUAUUCUUCAAAGAUAUUAUUCGAUUCGAAACAUAUUUCUACUACUUGAACCGUCAACCAAAUAUAUCGUUGAAAUUAAUCAGCCGUUGUGUUCACAUUCACCCUGAUAACGCUCAUUUAUGGGUAAACUUGGGUUUCAUAUUAUUGAAUUACUAUAUGGCCAAUGAGUCCCAACGCAAAAGAGGACUAGGUUCUCAUAUUUUUACAUGUGCUACAGUUAUCAGCAAUAAAACGUGGGAACUCAAAAAUGCAUUAGUUCUGACUACCAUUUGCAACCUGUUUGAAGGAGAAUUGAAAACGUGCCUGCGAAACGUUUUGAAGGCAAUUCAUUUGUACCCUACGUCAUCUGAACUUUGGACAGUUUUGUUGAAUACCAUAUACUGCCGGGGUGACAUUGAAGAUGCAGAGUUAAUGAAAAGUCAUAUAAAAUUUGUUGUAAACAAUUUAAAUCCUAAUGAAAUUUUAAAAUGUAAUCUUUUAAAACUAGAAACUCAUAUUCCAUAA